AUGGCAAAGUCACGAUUUGAAUAUGUGAGAAACUUCGAAAGGGAGAAUCUCCUUCUUCCAGAAACCCAUAUUAUCAUAAGGGUAGACGGCAGGGGGUUCCAUAAGUUUAGCGAGAAAUAUGAAUUUGAUAAGCCUAAUGAUGAUCGUGCCCUAAAGGUGAUGAAUCUUUCUGCCUGUCAGUUGAUGAAUCAGAUUCCAGAUAUCAUGAUGGCAUACGGUGACUCUGAUGAAUACUCGUUUCUUCUUAGAAAGCAAUGCGACAUGUUUGAGAGAAGAGAAUUCAAGUUGAUCACAACUUUUGGUUCUACAUUCUCUGCGAACUAUCAAUACUUUUGGAGUAGUGUAUGUUCUGACAAACCUUUAACUGUGGAGCGACUUCCAACGUUUGAUGCCAGAGCUGUGGUAUAUCCUUCUGAUGAUACCAUCAAGGACUACUUUCGAUGGAGGCAAGUUGACUGCCAUAUUAACAACCUCUACAACACCACAUUUUGGAACCUCGUCAUCAAAGGAGGCAUGACUCCUCAUGACGCCGAAAAUAAAUUGAUAGGUACGGUGUCUGCCGACAAGAAUGAGAUUCUCUUCAAACAGUUUGGUAUAAACUACAAUGAUGAGCCUGAAAUAUACAAGAAAGGUACACUUUACAUUCGUGACUCAGUGAUAACUCCAACGGAAGCCAAUACUAGAGACCUAACCAAGAGACAACUAGAGAGACUUCAAAAGAGAUUGAAGAAAAGUGAAAUCAAAGAGCUUCACUGUGAUAUAAUUAAAGAUGAGUUCUGGGACGAUCGGCCUUGGCUACUUUGCUAA